AACGGUAAAAAAAAAGUUGCUAGUUUGUCUGCCAUUGCUGGCGCGUCACGUCGGAGCUGCAGGACUCCGCCGAGCGUCCACGAGUGGAAUAAGCUUGCAGGACGACGUCAGGACGCGACACACGGACGGAGGGUUCACGACGGCGACACAGGAGGGCCAUUCAGAAGAGUCGGGGGUCGAAGGUGAGAAGAGCAGAGGGCAGCAUGAGCGAGCCGGGGCCCCCCGCCUCCACGGGCGUCAGCACCGGGACCGGCGUCUCCUCCAGUGCGGCCGGCUCGUUCACCACAACCACCGCCACCACCACCACCACCACCAUGGCCGCCAACAGUAACAUCUUGACUGCUUCUUCCACCACCACUGCUGCUACCAUCACUAUGACUACUCCCGCUACUACUGCUUUUGUUAGCAGUAGUAUUAGCUGCAGCACCACUCCCACUAGUGCCACCACCACCGCCAGACAGGCAGUACCUCAGAUUUCCGUCUAUAGCGGGAUACCCGACCGGCAAACUGUGCAGGUGAUCCAGCAGGCCUUCCACAGGCAGCCCAACACGGCUGCCCAGUACCUGCAGCAGAUGUACGCCGCCCAGCAGCAACAUCUAAUGCUGCAGACCGCCGCCCUCCAGCAGCAGCACAGCCUCAGCACUGCCCAGCUGCAGAGUCUGGCCGCCGUGCAGCAGGCCAGCAUUGCAGCUGGUCGCCAGAACUCUUCCCAGAACGGCACGUCGACUCAGCAAAGCGGGUCGACUCAGACCACGAUCAACUUGACCACGUCGCCGGGAACGGCUCAGCUGAUCAGCCGGGCGCAGAGCAUCACUUCAACCCCCAGCAGUAUUUCCCAGCAGGCAGUUCUGCUGGGCAGCCCGUCGAGCAGCACCCUGACCGCCAGCCAAGCGCAAAUGUACCUGCGUGCACAGAUGGCCCAGCAGAGUAAUGUUUUCCAGGCCCAGCAGAGUAACCUGGUCCAAGUGGCUCGGAGUUUAGGCCGAGCCGUUCCCUUGUCGCCUCAACUGAUCUUCACUCCCACGGCCACAGUGACUGCCGUGCAGUCGGAGAGUUCCACGCAGGCCUCCUCACAGAAUCAGGUUCAGAAUUUGGCCAUACGUGGCCAGCAGGCGGCGACUACGUCCUCCUGUCAGACGCAGACUCUGCAGGCCCUCAGUCUAAAGCAGACCCCGGUGCCCAUCCAGCCCGCAUCCCUCAUCAAGCACCCGGGCCAGUUGUCUGCAGGAGGCAAGCCCAGCUCCUCCGAGAGUCCAUGUUGUGAGCAAGGGAAGAAGGCGGACGUGACGGAGGCUCGAGCCAUCAACAUGAGCCGCAACGUCACCACGCUCGGCGCGCAGCCUCUCGUUGCCCCAGCCUACACCCAGAUCCAGCCCCACGCCUUGGUCCAGCAACACAAGCAGCAGCAGUUUGUGGUCCACCAGAGCCCAAGUUCCCAAAGGACGGCCGGUCAGCUCCUGCAGACGGCAUCCAUUCAGCCGUCGCAGCACCCGGUGCCCGUGCUGCCCAAGCCGGUGCCGCACCAGCCCUUGACGCCCGGCCAGCAGGCCACCAUUUUCCACUCCACCAUCAGCACCCACGCCGUGCACGCAGCUCCCGCACCCUGCUCCUCGUCCUCCUCCUCUUUGGUCAACGCUCAGCCCGUGCAGCUCACCGCCAUCAACCUGCAAAUACAGCCCACGGCCUCUCGGAUGCUUCAGGACUGUAGAGAAAAGCCAACUUCGCUGGUGGUGAGAGAGACGUGUGCCGCCUCCACCACCCCGCAGCAGCAACAAAAGCCGCCACCGCCACCGCCGCCACUGCCGGCCCCACUGCCGCCACCACCAAAGCAGCAGCAAAGGACGCCGUCGCCGCCCGCCAAGCCUGUCGAGCAGGCCAAGUCCGACCCAACAACGCCGGCUGGUCAGCCUCAAGCAGAACCGGGGACCAAGAGGCCGGCGGCCGCAGCUGGGUCCCCGCCACCAGUUGUGACCUCAGGAAGUGAGAGUGCGCCGGCCGUCGUGCAGCACAAUGGCGAUAACAAGUUGCCGCAGGCGAUCGUCAAGCCUCAGGUCCUUACGCACAUCAUCGAGGGCUUCGUCAUCCAGGAGGGCGCCGAGCCGUUCCCCGUGUGUGUGGAGCGUCUUCCCAUCCUGAUGGACAGCCCCAAGAAGAUGGACAGUCAGCUGUCCUCCGACCCCGACAAAACCCCCGUCAGCAACGCCGCCAACUCUGACUCUGAGGCCGAAGACUUGAACCCCCCAGAACAGGAGCAAGAACCCAAGCUGACAUGUGAAUAUUGUGGCUGGGUGGACUUCGCCUACACCUUCAAGGGCUCCAAGAGGUUCUGUUCCAUGGUCUGUGCCAAGAGGUACAACGUGGGCUGCACCAAGCGUAUCGGGUUGUUCCGUCCAGAGAAGACCAAGGCAACAAGUCGCUGGCGUAGAAGAAGUCAGACUCGGUCCAGCACGGAGGCCAAGAAGCGGAAGAUGUCCCCGUCACCUCUGCAGACUACGGGCGGCUCCGUGUCCUCGCCACAGCCCUCGCAGCCCAGUCAGGAGGAGUCCAGCCCCUGCUCGGACAUGUCCAGCUUCGAGGGACCGCCCUCGCCGCUGUCGGCGGCCAGCUCAGGACCCCCGGCCCCACCGGCCCCACUAGACCCAGCGCCGGUCCCUGUCCAGCGGCGGCCCGCCCGGGCCUCGUCAGAGCAGGACAACACGUCGUGUCAGCCUGUGGUCGCCAACGACCCCGCCAGGUGGAACGUGGAGGAAGUGUACCAGUUCAUCUGUUCACUGCCAGGUUGUCAGGAGAACGCAGAGGAGUUUCGCUCGCAGGAGAUCGACGGCCAAGCUCUGCUGCUGCUGAAGGAAGACCACCUGAUGAGUACCAUGAACAUCAAACUUGGACCUGCACUCAAGAUCUUUGCCAGCAUCAAUUUGCUCAAGGACUCCUAGCAAAUCUGUGUGUGUGUGUGUGUGUGUGUGUGUGUGUGUGUGUGUGUGUGUGUGUGUGUGUGUGUGUGUGUGUGUGUGUGUGUGUGUGUGUGUGUGUGUGUGGGCGUGGGCGUGGGCGUGGGCGUGGGUGGGUGUGGGUGUGGUAUUAACUGCUCAAUGACUUUUGAAGGCAGACUUGUUGAUGGUCCAUCUUUGACAUCAAACUGUUGUUUCAUGUUCUUUCACACCUGGAGAUGACAAGUGUCUUCAAGUGGAGAAAGUUCCAGUAAAAGUGGUUUCCAGAAGAGGGACAAAGAAUAACACCUUGCAAGGGCUUCUUAGAGCAGCACUCCCAUGAAAUAAAGUAUUUCUUAUAAUGUUUUUUUUUUUUUUUUGUACUUUAGUCAGAUGUAGAUGUGGGCAGCAAACAUGGUAAGACUGUUUAUUGACAAACUUUAGUCCUGGAUCUUUUUUCUCCUGCUCUUGGCACUUCCGGUCUUGGUGUUGCCAGAUGUGUCAAGUUGCCAGGUGUGUAAAUAGCAGCAAAACUGGAACCUUGCGCUUAACUUAUCCUUGUUAUUUUAUUACAGAAAGGAUGUUUACUAUUUUGUAAUAUGCAAAUGUAUAAAAAAAACACCUUGACUUGGA